AUGAAGCGGCUCGGUUGUGGGCUGCUGGCGGCAGGGGUGCUCCUGGCCUGCAGCCUGCUGCUCCCUAGCUGUUCAGCGAUGGUGGUGAUGCAGACCGGCAACUUCAGCCUGGAGUUCCCCUCGCUGCCGGCAGACUUUGGGCCGCCCAUCCCCGCCGAGGGCGUGUCGGGGCUGCUGCUGGUGGCGCAGCCCGAAGACGCGUGCAGCGAGCUGACGCCGCCGGAGAAGGCGGGGGCGCCCUGGGUGGCGCUCAUCGCCCGCAGCCAGCAGAAGGACGGCUGCACCUUUGACAUCAAGGCGAGCUUGUUUGCGUGGGAGGGUACCAGAAGGUGGGGUGGGUGGUUUGGCUGUGCGGCACCCGCGAGCAGGCUCCUGGUGGCGCAUGCCGAGGCGGCGGGCGCGGUUGCCGCCGUCAUCUACGACGACGUCUUUGAGCCGCUCAUCCUCAUGGCAAAGGACCCAAGGCACCCCGACCCUUUCAUCCCCUCCGCCUUUGUCACCCAGAAGAGCGGCAUCCUCAUGAAGCGGCUCAUGGUGGAUGGUAGCACGGUCGUCACCCUGACGCCCCUCAGCGAGGCGCUGUGGCUGAGCAUGGUCAUGUCGGCGGCCGCCGGCUUCCUGGCGGUGAACGUCGUGCUGGGGGCGCUGUGGAUCAUCCGGCGGCAGCACGGCGGCAUUGUGGCAGGCGGCGGGCCGGGCAUGCGGCCGCAGCCUCGCCAGGGCAUGACUGCCUCGGAGAUCCGGACGCUGCCUGUGGUGGUGUACGAGGAGCCAGCCACGGCCGCAGGAAGCGCCGGCGCGGGCGACGGCAGCGGCAGCGGCCGCGCGCCUGCGCCCGGCGGGGAGCUGGAGGAGGCGGAGGAGGGGCAGGAGCAGCGGCAGCAGCUGGCCGGCGGCAGCGACAGCGGCAGCGACUCUGGGCGGCGCGGCGGCGGCACGCGCCGCGUCUGCGCCAUCUGCCUCGAGAACUACAGCCACGGCGACAAGCUGCGCGUGCUGCCCUGCCAGCACCGCUACCACUCCUGCUGUAUAGACCAGUGGCUCAGCAGCCGCCGCCCGGUGUGCCCCGUGUGCAAGGCCGACGCCCACGCCGCCGCAGGCAGCCUGCUGGAGAGCGAGGGCGAGGAGGAGGGCGGCGGGGGUCCCGGGCCGGGGCCGGGCGCCGACCUGGAGGCAGGGCGGCUGCCGCAGCGGUCGCGGCGGCGGCGGCGCCGCCGCUCCGGCGCCGCCACCUUCCUGCUGGGACGGCUGGGCACCGGCUGGGCCGCGCUGCGCGCCCAGUUCCUGGGCGUGCCUGCAGCAGAGGGCGGCGGGGCAGCGGGCGUCGCCGCGGGCGCUGGCGAGGUGGCGGAGCAGCGGCAGCAGCUGCUGGACGGCAGCAGGACCAGCUCGCCCUCGCCCAUCCCGGCGCCGGCGGGCCAGCAGCAGCAGCGGCAGCAGCACCAGCACCAGCACCAGCCAGAGUCUGCCGCCACGCUCGCCAACUUCCCCGCCUUCUUCCCUGCCAGGGCCGCCGGCGGCGGCGUGGAAUCGGAGAUCGUGCCGGCAGACGCCCCAGAUGCAGCGCAGCCCGCCGCCGGUGCCAUCGGCGCCGCCGAUGCCGCCGCCGACGCCGCCGCCAGGCCGCCGCAGCUGCCCAGCUUUGCCACCGACUCUGCGGCGUCGUCUCCGCGGGGCGGGCCUCGCAGCCACCUGGUGCAGUCCGACAGCACCGAGGGCAGCGAGACGGAGAGCGAGCUGGAGUAG